AUGCAGGGACUCCUCCUGGCCACCUUCCUCCUGGCAACCCCGGCACAGUUCUGCUGCAGGGCACAGGGCCCCGGGCCAUUAGAGGUGACUCGUGAAGGAAGGCUUGGCGAAGCAGAAGUGCAGCAUCGGAAACAGGUCUGUCACUGGCCCUGCAGAUGUCCUCAGAAGGCCAGCUGCCCACCUGGAGUAAGCCUGGUGAGGGAUGGCUGUGGAUGCUGUAAGAUCUGUGCCAAGCAACCAGGGGACGUCUGCAAUGAAGCCGAGCUCUGCGAUCCACACAAAGGAUUGUACUGUGACUACUCAGCAGACAGGCCGAGGUACGAGACCGGAGUGUGCGCAUACCUUGUGGCUGUGGGAUGCGAGUUCAACAGGGUACAUUAUCCUAAUGGCCAAGUGUUUCAGCCCAACCCCCUGUUUAGCUGCCUCUGUGUGAGUGGGGCCAUUGGAUGCACCCCAUUGUUCAUCCCAAAGCUGGCUAACAGUCACUGCUCUGGGGCGAAAGGUGGAAAGAAGUCUGAUCAACCAAACUGUGGCCCGGGACCAUUACAGCAGCAGCUCUCAACAGCCUACAAAACAAUGCCAGUUUAUAGGAAUCUCCCACUUAUUUGGAAAAGAAAAUGUCUUAUUCAAGCUACAAAGUGGACGCCUUGCUCCAGAACAUGCGGGAUGGGAAUUUCUAACAGGGUAACCAAUGAAAAUAACAAGUGCCAACUCAGAACAGAGAGAAGACUGUGCUAUGUUCAGCCUUGUGACAGUAAUAUAUUAAAGACAAUAAAGAUCCCCAAAGGAAAAACGUGCCAACCUACUUUCCAACUCUUCAAAGCUGAAAAAUUCGUCCUCUCUGGAUGUUCAAGCACCCAGAGUUAUAAACCCACUUUCUGUGGAAUAUGCAUGGAUAAGAGAUGCUGUGUUCCUAAUAAGUCUAAGAUGAUUACCAUUCAAUUUGAUUGCCCAAAUGAAGGGUCAUUUAAAUGGAAGAUGCUGUGGAUCACAUCUUGUGUAUGUCAGAGAAACUGCAGAGAUUCGGGAGAUGUAUUUUCUGAGCUCAAGAUUCUCUAA